AUUUUAUGAUUGCAAUUACAGAUACAAAGAAGUAUAAACAAAGAUUGUAAUGAAUUUUGCUAUAAAAACUGUAAUUGCACUGCAAUUGUUUUACUUAAAGCCGCUUUUCAUUGGAGUUUGCGCUUUCGCGUUACGACAACCUGUCGUCAGAUGUUGGCCUUGCGUCAAUGGUAAGAAAGCUAUUUUAAUUUCGAAUUUUGGAUGGUCCUGAUGUACUCUAUUAAAUGUACGGUAUACAUUAGUAUUUCAUUUCAAUAGUUGGAUAACAAAAUAAAAAAUUUGUAGAAAAACGAAAAAUAAUGUCGAAGAUAAAUGAACCACCAAAAUAUUAUGGAAAAAGAAGGAGCAUUGUUCGUAGAAUUGGUUCAAUGUUACCUUUGAAACCCCCACCAAAAAUAUAUGUCAGUGUUACACCUUUACAUUCAAUGACAAGUUCUAUGAUUAACGAAGAAACUAGUAAUAAUUAUGCAGAUACAAAUGGAUAUGGUCCUGCAAGAAUGUCUAAUGUCAGGCCAGAUUUAUUGGAGCCUAUUAGUUUUGGAUCUGAAGUUCGUUUACUUGCUCUGGAACAGGAGCUUCAAGAACUUAGGGAACAAGUUUCAGCAAUAGUUAAAAGUAAUAAACAAUCUAGGCAUACAUCUACUGGUUCUUUAUCAAAUGGAAUGGAUAGUGAAAAUAUAAUAGAGUCACAUCAACCACCCCCACCUCCACCACCACCACUACCACCACCAACUCCUCAUAUUGCAAGAAGAGCAAGUUUACAAGAUCAUAAAGUUGAAGAUCGCAAAAGAGGCCAAUUUGCUUCUCAAACAUCUAUGACAGAUGUAUUGAAGGACAUUGACAGCGUUAAAUUAAAGCCAAUUUCUAGAUCACCUGGAGGACGACCACUUCGUAUAAAACGUGAUAACAGUCCAUGUAAUGAUUUACAAGAAAUACUUAGAAGACGUUAUAUUGCAAUGAAUUCAGCUGAUAGUAGAAAUUCUUCAGCUAACUUGACAAUGAAUGACUCUUUCUCGAGUGAUGUGUGAAAGUAGACUGAAUAUUUUUCAAUGUGCACUGUGUACAAUGAAGGUGUCAUGUAACAUUUUGGAUGAUAUUAAUGACAAGAUAAUAUGUUUGAUUAAUCAACUUGUUUACACCAUCAAAAUACUGCAAUAUUUUCAAUUUGUCAUUACAGGAUUAUGUAAGCAACAAAACGAACGUAUCAAACAUUUUUAAACUUACAAAAAUAUUAGUUUUGUGUUACAAAUUAAUUUUUAGAAAGUAAUACUAUCUUUUUUAAAGAGCAUUAUUACAAUUAAAACAUAUAUAGAUGAGCUAACCAAAGAUAGUAUUCUAUAUACCAGUACUGAUAAAAAUAUUGGGUUGUAAACUGAUAAAAAAUGGUAGAUAAGAUAAUAUUAAAAUUUUCAUGAAGCAAUGAUCUAACUAUACUUUUAAUGUAAAUACAGAAUAUGUAGUAUUUCAUUAAAGUUAUAAAAGACAAAUUAUUGAAACGUAUAUAUUACAUUUUAUAUACGUAAAAUUUAUAUUUUUUUAUUGAUUUAGAUAGGUAUAUAGUAAAAGCAAACAUAAAUAAGUAAACUAGGCUUGAACUUAGAGUUGAAUCUAUUUUUAAGAAGUUGUGGGCAACCGUUCACCAUUCUAUUUUUAUGCUUUUACGUUUAUAUAACUAUGAAUGACUUAUUUUAGAGUUUCUUUAUUUUAUAAGGUAUAGAAUAUAGAAGUACAAAGAAGAAUUUAUUUGAUUUGUUUUUAUAAUACUUUGUAUAAUAGACUGAAAUAAUUACUGCAUAAGUAAUUAUAAUCUUAAUUUACAAAAUUAUUUGAUAAAGAAGAAUUGUUUAAUAUAUGUUGCGUAAGUUUAAAAAUUUUUUAGGAAGUGCAAUUCUCAAACUAUUAAUUAUGGAUUUAUUCCAAAUAUAGGUCGUGCAAAUAUAUAUAAUAAUUUUAUGUUUUAUAUGAAAUUUGUAUAAAAAUGCAUAAAUUAUAGAAUUUUCAAUUAGGAAUGCAGGUACAGUUUGCAACUCAAUAUUAUAUAUAUAUAUAUAUAUAUAUAUAUUUGGAUUUAAUCUUUUAUUAAACGAAGAUCAUGUUUAAGCUCCUCUUUAGUAGAAAGAAAAAGAUAGAUUACAAUUUUAAUUUAAGAUGCAGUUGCUUAGGCACAAUGCAGCGCCAUAUUAUAUGAUUGUAAACUUAUUCAAAAUUAUUUAUUUAGUUUUCUAGAUGAGAUUAUUGUGAUAUUAAAAUCAUCCAUUGACUUUAUAUUUUAGAUUGUGCCAUAGAAAGCUGUACGAAUAUUCUUAAUAGAUGAAAACAUUAGCACAGGCUUGUUAAUACACUGGAUAGGACAAUUAAUAAUGUAAUUCCUUUUAUGAAACAUGUUUUCAUAAUUGUAAAUGAAUAAAUACUCAGUAAUAUGUUCAUGCAUAAUAAGAACGCAUAACGAAGACCACGAAUUUUGUCUUUUGAUAUUAUGUUCUUAAAAUAUCACUGUUUCAUUAAGUUUAUUCAACUUAACAGCAGUAGCUCGUGUAAAGAAUUUAAGAACUGCUUCAUUGUACCAAGAUUAUAGCGUGAUUUUUAAUUGAUUCAAGUUUGAAAUAUUUUUAAAUUCUUGAUAUUCUUUAUAAAAGUGACAUAAAGUUCUUAUUUUUGACUAUUUUCUAACAUGAAUGUGUGUAAGAAAUGUAACUCUCAGUUGGAAAGAACAUGAUAGUAGACUUUGGAGACUGAGUGUACUUUAAAGAUAUUACGAUCGUAUGGAAGAUCUGUUUUAUACAUGAAGCUUUUAUCAAUGAUUGAAAAAUAAAUGUUAUUGUUAAACAAUAAA